UUGUGCAAUUGUGGAUUAAGUUAUUUAUUCAGAUUUAGUUUUGUGAAGAUCUCCACACAUAAAAUGCAAUCGCAAAUUCAAUCAUUUUACAGAAAUAAAUGUGUUUUUAUAACCGGUGGAAGUGGAUUUUUGGGAAGAGUUAUCAUUGAAAAGCUCCUACGCUCAACUGAAGUCAACCGAAUCUAUGUGUUAAUAAGGCCCAAAAAAGGAGUGAGUAUUAAGGAUCGAAUUGCGGCAUGGAAUACAGAUCCGGUAUUUUCCGAACUGCUGAAGUCAAAUCCCAAGUACUCAGAUCACAUAGUGGCCAUAGAAGGAGAUUGUGGUUUUCCAGACCUGGGGAUCAGUGUAGAAGAUCGAAAACUGUUGGUAGAUCAGGUGCAGAUCGUGCUUCACUGUGCUGCCACCGUAAGAUUCGAUGAGCGCCUCAAUGUGGCACUGGACAUCAACACCCGUGGGACGCUCCUGGUGGUGCAACUUGCCAAAGAGAUGCCUCGCCUGGAGGCAUUUGUUCACGUGUCCACCGCCUUCUCGAACUGUGUGGUCCGUCAUAUUAAGGAGGUCUACUAUCCGGAUAAAUUAACCUGCUCUUUUGACAAGAUUCUUGCGCUGCGAGAAAUGCUGAGCAAUGAUCUCAUUGACAACAUGAGUCCGGUUCUUCUUGGACAGUAUCCCAAUACAUAUACCUUCACCAAGGCAUUGGCUGAGCAAGUGGUUCAGAAGGAAGCGAGUGGUUUACCGGCGUGUAUAUUUCGACCAGGCAUGAUUCUUGCAACAUUAAAGGAGCCCAUUCCGGGAUGGACUGACAAUCUCUAUGGACCCAUAUCCAUACUAUACGGAUGCAUAGUUGGAGUUCUGCGCGUUACGCUCGCUGAUGAAAAUUCGCGAGCCCAUAUUGUGCCAGUUGACUAUUGUGCCAACAUGGUACUGACCACUGCAUGGAAAACAGCUGCGGAAAAUGUCCAGGCUAAAGAAACUGUCAUAGAAAAAGUACCGUUAAGGGAUCCGACCAUUUAUAAUUAUGUUAACAGCGAUCAGAAUCCCGUAAAAUGGCGUGACUUUUCGAAUGCAGUAGAGAAUCUUCGAUUUGUUUGUCCACUGGAACAGAUGAUAUGGUAUCCGUUUCUAAAAACUUACACCAAACUUUGGGCCUUUAAGCUGGCGAUCCUGGUCUAUCACAUUCUGCCAGGACACAUUAUCGAUAUAGUAUUGCGUCUAAGAGGUCAAAAGCCAAGAAUGGUCCAGAUGUAUAAUAAAAUACACAAGAACAUUAGAAAAAUUUCGCAGUUCGCGAUUGAAAACUGGACGUUUGAUAUGAACAAUACGGAUCGACUUAUACAAUGUAUGUCGUCGGAGGAUCGAAAACUUUUUGAGUGUGACGUGAAUGGCCUAAAUUGGAAUGAAUACUUUAGAGGGGCAGUGUUUGGAUUGCGAGAAUAUCUUGCGAAAGAAAAGCCGACUGAAGAAUCCUUCCGAAAAGCGCGAAUAAUAAUGAAACGAUUCCAUAUAAUUCAUCGUAUUGUACAACUUAUUGUGUACGGUAGUAUUCCUGCUUUGAUCUGGUUAAUGCUACGCGUAAUUCCGAAUCUUCUCUUUUAAGAACUAAAAUUUUGUCUUUCUUAGAAAGUUUAAAAAAAAAUUGUUUCGCUUUGAUAUAAAAACGAGUUUAUAGUUGAAUCACAGUCGCCCGCCGUUUAUUUAUACAACUCACGACGAGUUUAGAUUAUAGAAUUGAGACCCAAUAUAAACAUACCCUACAUAUUGUUUAAUGUAGCCAAAUUUUAUUUUUAAUUAAAAAAAAAUUUAAAUAAAAUAAAAUAAAAAUAA